GAACACUGACGAACCCGAACUACGUCACUUCUGGUUAGCGCAUGCGCAAGAGAAAACCUGCGUGAUUUUUCUUCCGGUUAAUGUCAACUAAUAAACAGUAUGUCAUUUACUCACUUAUCGACGUAGUUUGUGAGUAAAGUUAGGGUCAGGGGUCAGAGGUUAAGGCUACGGUUAGGGUUAGGCGUCAAAGGCACGAAAGUCAAUAAUAUACGAAGUGGAAAAAGUCUAAAAGUCUGUCUGGGCCUGAGAACGGAGGCUUCUCCAUCCUGAAGAUCAGCUGACCCACCGUCCGUAAGUGUCACCAUACACGUCCCUCAUCCUGCGCUCCGGUUCCGAGAAGACCGCAGGACCAGCUCCUCUUGGCGGACAUGGCCUUCAUCACCGCUAACUGGAACCCGCUGGGAGACGCCUUCUACAGAAAGACCGAACUCUAUGAGAUGUUCUGGAGUCUCCGCGAUGGAUUCAGGGACAGCCUGGUGGCAGCAGCUCCUUAUGGAGGUCCAAUCGCUCUCCUCAGUUCUCCUCUCAGAUGUUCUCCCAGCACUCGUCCUCAGUUAGAGAUUUAUUCUGCGUCAGGAGUCUCCAUCACCAGCUUCCCUUGGAAGAGCGGGCCGGUGGUCCACCUGGGCUGGUCUGUCAGUGACGAGCUGUUGUGUGUUCAGGAAGAUGGGACGGUUCUGAUCUAUGACAUGUAUGGGUCCUUCAAGAGACACUUCAGUAUGGGACAGGAAGUGGUCCAGAGUCAGGUGUUGGAGGCCAAGGUGUUUCACUCUCCUUAUGGAACAGGUAUUGCCAUAGUAACAGGUUCCUCCCGCUUUACCUUGGCAACCAACAUCGAUGACCUGAAGCUACGCAGGUUACCUGAAGUCCCAGGUCUCCAGGGGAAGCCGGCCUGCUGGGUGGUCCUCACUCAAGACAGACAGACCAAAGUCCUGGUGUCCUGUGGACCUGAACUUUAUGUCCUGGACAACACAUCCUGCACUGCUGUGUAUCCCCCAGGCCUCAGUCCUCAGGCUGGCAGCAUUGUCCACAUGGCUGUCUCCUUCAGCUACAAAUACCUGGCUCUGUUCACUGACACGGGACACCUGUGGACUGGCUUCUCCAACCUACAGGAGAGACAUGGUGAAGUGGACACCAAACAGACAGCUACACCUAAACAGAUGGUCUGGUGCCGCAGACCGAGGUCCCAGCAGCCCUCUGUUGUUUUGAUGUGGGACAGACUCCUCCUGGUUGUGGGAGCAUGUAGCGACACCAUCCAGUUCCCCAUGGAGGACCAGUCAGUGUUAGUGGGAGAACUAGAUGGGGUUCGGAUCAUCGGUCCCAUCAGUCAGGAGCUUCUGCAGGAGGUUCCUCUGGUGUGCCAGGACAUCUUUAAGAUCGCCUCCAUGGCUCCUGGAGCACUGCUGCUGGAGGCCCACCGGGAGUAUGAGAAGUCCAGUCAGAAGGCGGAUGAGUACCUGAGGGAGAUCAAGGAGCAGAACGUUCUGGGAGAUGCUGUCCAGCAGUGUGUAGAGGCGGCGGCUCAUGAGCAUGACCCUGAGACCCAGAAGGCCCUGAUGAGGGCGGCGUCCUUCGGCAAGUGUUUCCUGACGGAGUUCAGUCCAGAUCAGUUUGUGACGACCUGCAGGGAGCUGCGGGUGCUAAACGCCGUCAGAGAGAGCAGCGUGGGAAUGCCGCUCACACACACUCAAUUUAAACAGAUGACUCUACAGGUCUUGAUAGACAGGUUGGUUUACCGGCAGUUUUAUCCGUUAGCCAUCGAGAUCUGUCGCUACCUGAAGAUUCCAGAUUAUCAGGGAGUCAGCCGAGUCCUGAAGCACUGGGCCUCCUGCAAGGUACAGCAGAAGGACUUGACAGACGAGGCCAUCGCUCGAGCCGUGUGUGCCAAGGUGGGAGACUCACCUGGAGUUUCAUACUCAGACAUCGCAGCUAGAGCAUAUGAAUGUGGACGCACAGAGCUCGCUAUCAAGCUUCUGGACUUUGAGGCCCGUUCUGGAGAGCAGGUUCCUCUGCUGCUGAAGAUGAAGAGGAGUCAGCUGGCUCUCAGUAAAGCUGUGGAGAGUGGUGACACUGACCUGGCAGUUUACACGGUGGUGACGUACCUGAAGAACGAGAUGAACCGAGGAGAUUUCUUCAUGACUCUGAGGAACCAGCCAGUGGCCCUCAGCCUCUACAGACAGUUCUGUAAGCUGCAGGAGCCUCAGACGCUGAAAGAUCUCUACAACCAGGAUGACGACCAUCAGGAGCUGGGGAACUUCUACGUCUCAGCGAGUUACAGAGAGAAGAGGUUGGAGGGGCGUUUGGCCCAGCUGCAGAGCGCCGUGGAUGAGUACAACAAGGCCAAGAACGACUUUUCUGCAAAGGCUACAGAGGACGAGAUGCGUCUACUUCGUUUCCAAAGGAAGCUGGACGAUGAGAAGGGGGCAGGGCUUCUGGGACUAUCCCUGCAGGCUACCAUGGAGGCUCUGAUGUCUUUGGGACUUCACAAACAGUCAGAGCAGCUCUACAGGGACUUCAGAGUACCUGACAAAAGGUACUGGUGGUUGAAACUGAAGUCUCUGGCUGAGAAGGAGCAAUGGGAGGAGCUGGAAAAGUUCUCCAAGAGCAAGAAGUCUCCUAUUGGUUACCUGGCCUUUGUGGAGGUGUGCAUGAAGAACAACAACAGGUAUGAAGCCAAGAAGUACGUCAGUAAAGUCACACCUGAGCAGAAGGUCAAAGCUCACCUGGCCGUGGGGGACCUGGAGGGGGCAGCGGAUGCUGCCAUUGAGCGCAGGAACGACCUAGAAAUGGGGGCGGUCCUCUCCAGAUGCUCCGCCUCCGACGUCCUGCUGAUGGACAAGUUGAAUCGAGCCCGGGCCAGCGCCGCCAAGAAGUGAUCUUAGCGAGUCUUGAUGAACCUCUGCUGGAGCUCUGAUUGGUUGUUUGUUUUUCCUGUGUGAAUAAAACCGGAUAACAACCAGAGAACAAAGACGUCUGGGCAGAUGUUCCAUGGUUCUGUGCAUGGUUCUGUUCAUGGUUCUGUCCAUGGUUCUGUCCAUGGUUCUGUUCAUGGUUCUGUGCAGCCUAACGUCAUAAAAUCCUGUCAGCAAGGAGACUGGCCUGUUUCCUGGAUACAUGAGCAGAAAAAACAUCCUGGUUAAUAAAUGUUUGUGUUUCAGGCAA